GGAGCAAUUAAAAAUCCAGCUCUUUACCUGAUGAGAGUUGGUGUACGAUAUCGUAAGCUAGUUUAGUUUAAAUAAAAAUGACAAAAGGGUCGUAUUUAGCCCAUAUCGCCGGAUGAUCUAUGAACGAAUACUAUACUAUUUUAGUAAUUGUUAUAUAAUAAGUCUUGCUUAUGCUGGCAGUUUAUACAAGGGUAUGUUUAUACUAAACUCAAUUUAUGGGUAUUAUUUACCAAAAUACUGAUGCAUCAUAGAAGCCUGUUUAGGGUUACCAGAAAGUCAAACAGAAUGUUAAUUAUUAAACAUGUAAUCGGAAUUACUGAACAAGUAAUCCAUCAUUUUCUUUAUUUCAUGUUUCUAUACACAGCUACAGUUUUGCACAAAACAACAACACCUGGACGAUUUAACAAUUUGACUGCUUCUGACUGGGACAAAAAUGAAGGCUGAAAACUGGGAAAAUCCUAGCUUUCCCUGUAAAUCUGAAAACCCUAAGCCUGUUGUUUCUCGAAAGCGAGUGGUUCACAUAUGAAUGUGAUAAUGGCUAUGUUAAGAAGUAUAUUUCAAUCAAUUUCAAAUGAAGGAUAUUCAAUAUUUAAUUACCAAGCAUUCAAAAACAGUUUCCUACCCAGAGGUUUUCAAACAGGGGUCGGCUGGGGCACACAUAAGAGGGUGACAGAUUUGUUUUCACCGAUGUAAUGUUUUCGUUGAAUUUUCUACGUGUUGAAGCUCCUUUACCGUGCCACAGCAAUAUUGGCAAUUUCCUGUUAGGACCCGAAGCUGAGUACAGAUUACUUUUAUACUUGCUUUGACUGGAACCCUGAACUUCUGAGGUAAAGCAAGAAGCUGUUGGCUAAGUAAUGCAUUGGCAGACUUUAUAAGCAGAGAACACUAUGGCUUCACAGGAUCACAGUGCAGGGGGCCAGUUAGUUCAGGAAGAGAUGGACGGUAUCUGCAUCUUGCCAGACAUGACCAGCAUCAAAGCGGAGCACCAGGUGGGCGGCAGUGGAGAGGACGGGGGAACUCAGAACGUGGCCAUGGGCAUAAAGUUCAUCCUGCCGAAUCGUUUCGACAUGAACGUGUGCUCCCGCUUCGUAAAGUCCCUGAACGAGGAGGAGAGUAAAAACAUUCAGGACCAGGUGAACUCUGAUCUGGAGGUAGCGUCUGUGCUGUUUAAAGCUGAAUGCAACAUUCAAACUUCUCCAUCUCCUGGAAUUCAAGUAAGACAUGUCUACACACCAUCGACAACGAAACACUUCUCUCCAAUCAAACAGUCCACCACCCUAACAAACAAGCAUCGAGGCAAUGAAGUCUCCUCCACUCCCUUACUUGUGCACUCUCUGUCCGUUCACCAGCUUGCGGCCCAAGGGGAAAUGGUGUUUCUUCCCAGCCGUAUUGAGCAAGAACCCGUGAUCAACCUGCAGGACGAGGAGGGCUUCACUCCACUCAUGUGGGCUGCAGCUCAUGGACAGAUUGCUGUGGUGGAGUUCCUGCUCCACAAUGGCGCAGACCCUAAUGUCCUCGCAAAGGGACGGGAGAGUGCGCUGUCACUUGCCUGCAGUAAGGGGUACACUGACAUUAUGAAAAUGCUCAUAGACUGUGGUGUGGAUGUAAAUGAGUAUGACUGGAAUGGGGGGACUCCUCUCCUGUAUGCUGUACAUGGGAAUCACGUUCGGUGUGUGGAAGUCCUCCUUGAGAGUGGAGCAGACCCAACCGUGGAAACUGACUCUGGAUUCAACGCAAUGGACAUGGCUGUGGCUAUGGGGCAUAGGCACGUUCAACAGGUGAUGGAAGCCCACCUGUUAAAGCUUUUACAAGGUGUCACAGAAUGAAGAGGACCAGGGAAGAGAGAUUCAAGUUGCACAUAUACAAUGUGGACGUGCUGCAGACAUCAGGGAGAAGUUUUGCAUGUUUUUUGUGUUUUGGAUAUCGAUUUCAAAGAUGGAUAGUUUUUUAUUACGUGACUUCUGCUUAUAGUGUGGUAUAAAGCUGAUGUUCCCUUCAAAAAUGUCUGAAACAACCAUUCGUGAAUAGUGGUGGUUUUUAUUAUUGAAUAAAAAGUUUGUCUGCCAGACAGCAGGCAUCUAGUGUUAUUAAGAGUCUGCUCUGUAGAGGCUGUCAGAAAUUGGAAUUAUUUUGCCUUGCUGUGAUUUUUAAAUCAGAUCAGUUCAAGAUGGAUAUGCUGCUUUUCCUGUUUCAUGAAAGUUGUUGUGUGAAAUGUGAACUUCCUGAGCAAACAUCAAUACUUGCUCUACAUUACUGAAUUAAUUAUUCCUGCAUUAAUAAGUUGGCGGAUUGUGCUGCUUGAAAUGCAUGCGGAUUGCCUGGCCAGUGUAAGAGAUACCACUGGAGCGGAGGUGAGGGCUGAUCCCUAGUGGAUUCAAGCUCACAUUGUUUAAACAGCCACAUAAAGUGUACUCCCAGAAAGUAUGUCUUUUGUAUCUUUUUUUAUUGUUUUACAUUUUCUUUCACAAUUUCAGUCUGUGUUUUGAGGCCUCUUGUAUUUAUAAGAGAGUUUUUGUAGUUGUAAUUCAGAGAUUGUGUCAUAUAGUAGUAGCGAUAUCAGGAGUGACCUGUUACUGUUUGCUUAAUUUAUUACCUAUGUUACAUAUGUAGGUAACAAUUGUGUCAUGUUUCGUUUCAGAUUUUAUCAUAGAAGGCAAGAUGGGUGGGUUUCUCCUUACCUUACAGAGAGCCACGUGGAAUAGAAAACCAACCACUGCAUUUGGCAACCAUAACUAAAAGACAGAAUGCUUAAUACAGCAGUCCACGUUCAGAAAAGCAGCUAGAUAGUGUUUUAACUUUAUAGGGGCUUGUGUAUCAUUAGUAACGUGACUGUCGGUUUUGUUUUUAUGAUUUACCAGACAUGCUGACGUUCAGUAAAUUACCCAAUACCCGAAACCUCGCUUCUACAAAACAGCAGGGUUUUCAGAUGCCAGUAAGCCUAGUUUUAAUAAAUACCUCUUUGUUACAUCUUUGUCAUGUAUAAAAACAUUCAUCUGGUUUUAUUCUGUACAGUGGUUGUACCCUUUUGAAAUAAAUGUACAUUUUCCCUCAUGUU